AUGAUCAGAUCGGCGCGAAUUGCCUCCGCACCCGCCCCAGGAAAGAGAAUUUCCACCACUGCGAGUCUCCGGCGGGGCAUAACGGGAAUGGAAAUCGUCGACGAGGGUCAUCUCAUCGUCCGGGCUAUGGAGCUGGGCAGCCAUAGAGGGUGGGAGAAAAGGGGAAUGCAGCGAGCGAGCUUCCUCUCAGUUUGCCCCACCACUCUCACCGUUGACCUCCUGGAGAAGGCCCUCCUAGCUGGAGAGAAGAGCAUAGUCGCUAUAGGAGCCUCUCGUGGUGACCCUCGCACCCCCGUCUUUGAGGGGUGUUCUCCCUCCCGCCUCUUGCCCUCUCUUGCCUCUGCUGCUGCGGCCGACCUCGUUGGCUUCAAGUCGGUCGGCGCUGCUGGGGAGAUCUGUGCUGGUGAAGGUGCUGCUCUAGAUGCUAGUGCGUCUGCUGCCCCAGGUGCUAGUGCGUCUGCUGCCCCAGGUGCUGGUGAGUCUGCUCUCUUAGGUACUACGUCGGCUCAGGCCUUCCACACCUUCACCCUUUACUCGGGUGCGUCACGCUCCUUCUUUCAAGACCACACCACUCUUACGCCGCUCGUUCGGCCGGUUGCAGUCUCCCUAGCAGACCCCUCUGGGGGUCCUGUCCUUGCUAGCUUCUCCACUGUCUUAGCGUGCCCGGCAGCCACCUCUGGCACCCUGUCAGGUCUCUACCUCCCCUCUUUCUCUACGAGCUUGGUGAGUGGAGCGGACCUACAGGAUAGGGGGGUUGACCAGUUCACUCCUGCGAGUCAGCGAGUGACCCAUUGCACGUGUGUCCGGACAGGCCGACACUUGGCCACCAUCUCCCGUCGGCCACGGUCGAACCUGUACACCCUUACUACUGAGUCUCCUCCGGGUGCUGAGUCUGCCCAGGUAGCUGCGUCAAGUCAGGUGUUUGCUGCAGCGUCCAGAUCUGGUCUUGAGUCUGCUCCCUGCUCGUGUCGUCUUCUGUCCCACCAGACUCUCCUUUGGCACCACCGCCUUGGUCACCCCUCCUUGCCUCGUCUCCGAGGAAUGGUCUUCCGUGUCCUUGUCUCUGGUCUCCCUCGGUCUCUCCCUCCCCUUCCUCCGGGGCCUGGCCCUACCUACGUCCCUUGCAUCGAGCGGCGACAGCGCGCCGCCCCUCACUCCUCCGAGUUUCAUCCGACAGAGGCUCCGCUGCAGACUCUCCUCAUGGACGUGUGGGGCCCAGCCCACGUCAGUGGGCAGGGGCGCGAGUGGUACUUUCUGUUGGUGGUUGACGACUACUCGCGUUACACCACAGUCUUCCCCUUGUGUAGCAAGGGUGACGUCACUCAGCGCCGCAUUGGCAUGGUCAUGGACGUCGCUCUUACGUCCAUGAUGCAUGCGGCUGCCCCCCAUUUUCUGUGGCCAUUUGCGGUUCAGUACGCCGCCCAUCAGCUCAACCUUCAGCCCGGGGUCUCCCUGCCAGAGACCUCCCCCGCCUUGCGGUGGACCGGGAAGGUUGGCGAUGCGUCUGCGUUUUGGGUCUGGGGAUCUCGGGCGUUUGUCCGCGACUUGUUUGCGGACAAGCUGUCCCCCCGUGCUGUUCCCUGCGUCUUCCUUGGCUUCCCCCCUGACGCGCUUGGGUUGCAGUUUUACCACCCCACAUCGCGCCGUGUCCAGUCCUCCCAGGACGUCACCUUUGACGAGUCGGUACCUUACUACCGUCUCUUCCCCUACCGCACUGCGCCUCUCCCCCCGCUGCCGAUCUUCCUUGCACCAGGUCCUCCCUCGGUAGACCCCCUCCCCCCUCAGGGUCCUGCCCCGUCAGGUGUGUCCCAGGUAGACGCAGUCGAGCGUGUCGAGGUAACUGUUGACUCUGGUGCUGCUAGAGUUGCUGAGCCUGCAGGUGCCGGGUCUGGGGGUGCUGAGACUGGGAGUGCCGGGUCUGGGGGUGCUGAGACUAGGGGUGCUGAGUCUGGGAGUGCUGAGCCUGGGGGUGCUGGGUCUGGGGGUGCGGAGCCUGGGGGUGCCGAGCUUGGGGGCGCUGGGUCUGCUCGUGUUGCCGCCGGCGGUGCUUCGUCGAGGCGGGAGCCGCUCUCUCCACAGGAGCUGCGCGAGAGGUUUGCUUGCUGCUGGAGACGUGCUGCUGAGACUGGGGGUGCUCCUGGGGCUACUGGGGUUGGUCCUACUGGAGUUGCUGGCGGUACUGGUGCUACUGGAGGUGGAGCUGCUAGGGGUGUUGGCGCUGGUGUUUGUACUGGUGCUGGUGCGUCUGGGGGUGCUGCUGAGGCUGCUGGUGCUGACGGUCCUCCUGGAGUUGGUGCUACUGGAGCUGGAGCUGCUGGGGGUGUUGGCGUUGGCGUGCCUGCUGGCGCGGGUGCUUCUAAGGGUGCUGGAGUUGGCGGUGUUGGAGCUGGAGGUGCUGCUGGCGCUAGUGCUGCCGGUGUGGGUACUAGUGCCGUCCAUGCUGGUUCUGGAGGCGCUGCGCGGCCGAGGCCGUACUUCGUUCCGCUCCUGGAGCAGAUUCCUUGUCUCCCGCCCUCUACUUGUCCUGCUCCUCCCUUAGAGUGUUCGCAACCUGUCCAGUCGCAGUCACAGUUACAGCCCGCCUCUCCUCUUCCUGCUCCUUCUCCCUACACUGGUCCUACUGGAGGUCUUGCUGAGCGUCGUGAGCCUGCGUCUUGUCCCGCGUCGCCUUUUCGUGCUGCUCGCACUAGUCAUCGUGCUGCGCGUCCUCGUCCUCCUGCAGUCCCCGGCACACACCAGAUGGCACUGCGUCCAUCCACUGCCCCUCUGCGUGUCCCGUUGCCGUCUCCUCCAUGGUCCUUUCUUCCUGUUCUUGGUGACCCGGAGUCUGUCUCUCUUUGUGCUGCUAGUCCUUCGGUCACGCGCCUUCUUGCUACUGUUGUCACUGACCCUUCCUUUGAGUCCACUUUUGCAUCUACCCUAGUUGCUGAGCUUGUCAACUUUGCUGCUCGUUGUCGUCUAGACUACGCUGCCAGUCUCGUUGCUGAGUCUGAGUCUGUCUGUCCUCCGUCCGUCGGGGGUGAGUGUGCUCUUAGCACGGACGUCCUUGAGGACAGGCAGGAGGAGUUCCAGUGCUUUGCGGCUGCUUUGCCCCAUCUCGUGUCCACGCUGAUUGCCCCUGAGGGAGACCCGGAAGUACCAGACAUCUCGACUCCUCGAUCGUACGGUGAUGCGAUCGAGGGUCCCUACUCCUCACAGUAG